AUGUCUGAUAUAAUACAAUUCGAUUAUAAAGAUCAUUGGAAAGAAAAAGAAAUUACUCUUCAGAGAACAAACAGCGCCCAUGAAUCAUUAGGGUUCACUAUUGCAGGAGGGAUUGAUUUACCUUUUAUGAAUCAUCGUUUUACAUCUAUUAUUAUUACGAAUAUUACUGAAAAUAGUCUUGCAUAUAGAAAUAAACAAUUAAAAUUAUAUGAUAUAAUAUUACGUGUGAAUAAUUUCGAUUUUACUAAUAUAAAACAUCAAAAAGCUGUUGAUAUUUUGAGAACAUCAGGACAUAAAAUCCAAUUGUUGAUCCGACGUCUCGCUCCGUCUUAUAGUGAAGAGAUUGAAUUGACGCAUAAUGGGAAAUUAAAUAUUUAUAUUAAUGGUGGAAUUGGAAAUGAAUAUUUUAUAAACGAUCAUGGCAUAUUUAUAACAGACAUAAGUAAAUAUCAAACUAAUAAACAGCUAGACAUCGGUGAUCGAUUAUUACAAAUCUCCUCCACGUCGAAUACGUACGAUUUACGAUUUGUUACAUUAGAAUAUGCCAAAAAAUAUAUACAAUUAGCCUGUACAGAAAGCCAAACAAUUAAACUAUAUGUCGGACAUACAAGACGCACUGAAAGAACUGUUCUACAUCAAGAACAAUAUGAUCCAUUUGGCUCAAAUGAUGAAAGUAGCGUAAAUAAUACUGAUCCAAAUGCUGGUAUCAACCAGAAAAUUGCAGAGGAAUUGAAACUUAAACAAGCAGUGAUUCGCGACGCUCAUGAAGAAAGGAUACGACGUCAACAAAGUAGAAUGGGUCAAAUGGCACGUAUUAAUAGUGGUAGAACAGGUGGAGCAUUACGAUGGCAAGUUGAUUAA